AGUGCUGUCAGCCGCCGCGACUUCCUGCGGUCAUGUGAUUAAGAAGAGUUGUUGGUCGUAACCGAGCUGCCCCGAGCGGACAUGGGCUGCUGCUACAGCGGGGAGUCGGACAGCGGCAAGGGGGAACAGGGAGAGAGGCAACACUUGUUACCCCCCAAUGAGACCCUUCCCAACAGGACACCAAAUGGAUCGGAACCCAACUCUACAAAUAACCAGUCUGCUCGGACAGAUGAGCAGGCCCUGCUGUCACGGAUCCUGGCGAGGACAGCACAGAACAUCAUUGAUGUGUCAGCCGUAGAGUCCCAGGGGAUGGAGCAGCACGAAUGUAUGGACCGGGCGAGACACUAUAGCACAAAACUAGUGAAACUCAGCAGUAACCUGACGCUGUGGAGGAAGGUGCCCCCUCUGCCCUCGCUCACUGCCCAGCCACACCAAAUACUCGCCAGCGACCCGGUCCCUUAUGCAGACAUACAGCAGGUUUCAAAGAUCGCAGCUUACGCCUUCAGUGCACUUUCUCAGAUCCGCGUGGACGCCAAGGAGGAUCUCGUUGUACAGUUUGGGAUUCCAUAGCAGCCUGUCCCCAUUCUGCCCCCCCCCUCCCAUCUUCUCACCCCUCCCCCACUAUACACUCGUACUGAUUCUCGCUACGUUGUCUCUGGGACGCCCGUCUCGCCUCUUGCACUGGUCCGUGAGGAAUCCCACUGAUGGAACGCAGCGGGGGUGUUGGGGUCUAAUUAACCCUUUCCUUUUUACUCUCUGCCACAGCUGAUUUCAGUCGAGGUAAUGGAUUUACACGGCGUCGUCGUGGUGUCAUCGGUCUAUUCACAUCAGGACAGGUUCACACCAUUAAGGGGUCACCGCUCAUACCGGAGCCUGGGCAUUCUGGGUAAUCGUCCUAUGUGACCCGUCUGUGACUGUAGACCAUUUCCCAUGAUCCCAUGCUUCUCCUUGGACACAUCGAUCCAGGGUCAUUUCCAUUGUGUGGACCUGUGAGUCCUUGAAAGUACAAGCACUUAUGGCCGCCCUAUUGCUGGUUAGGCCGAUAUUUGACACAGUAGCCAAUACAUGUAAGUAAAAAACCGUGCUCAUGUGAUGCGCGAUCCCAGCUAACACACGGUUAACGGCUGAGUAGACUGGAUGGAAGCCGGCACUUUGUGCCCCUCAGACAUAAUUGUCUCUAAUCGGAAGUAAUUUGGGUUCGGCCCCCACUUUCUUUAACCUUUUUUACUUCCCGACUCUGUAGAUUAAAUGUUUUCCUCGAUGA